AUGAUGAGGCCGAGCAAAGAGCCUGCCAAAGGGCGCACCCGCCUCUCUUCCCCAUCCAGACCAUCUAGAUCCGACCCAUCUCCACCAAGGUCACGCAAAUCCACCGUCAGCUCCUCCGCCUCUGCUGUCGAUAACCUUGAAUUGGCGAGUGAACAACAGUAUCCAUUCACUACUGGGUCUGGACUCUUUGAUGAACCAAGGAGUUUCCCUUACAGCGUGAAGCAGCAAUGCUGGGAAAAGGCAGAGAAGGUGAAAGGCCGAGACCCAGAUCGGUGGCGCCGAGACGCUCUUGGUAAUAUUGUCUUUAGGAAGCUCGUGGGUUGUCCUGGUUGCUUAUGCCAUGAUUAUGACCAUAUUGUUCCCUACUCUAAGGGAGGAAAAAGCUCGCUAGAAAAUUGUCAGGUUUUGCAGGCAACUGUCAAUCGAUCUAAGGGAAACCGGACUGAGAUAUCUAGAGCUGAUCUCAUUCGAAGAAGUUCCUAUUGUCGAGUUUCAGGUCGGGACAUGGAUUUUGUUGAACUCUCAGCCUAUGGCAAUGUCCGUCAUGAGCAAGCAUCAGGUGGUUGUAGGAUCCAAUAA